GAGAGCUUGUCUUUUGGGCAGCCGGGAGAGCGCCGCCAUGGAUCGACGUUGAGCCGCAAGCAGGAGCGGGGCAGCCUCUCUCCGCGGGGCAGUGGCCGCUGCAGCCUCCCGCGCCGUCGACGCGUCCGUGUGUGGGCAAAGGCAGGGCAGUGGCCGCUGCAGACUCGACGCAUCCGUGUGGGCAACAUGGGCUUUAGCAGGGGCAUCAACUACAGGGGCUCGCAAGGCCUGAAGCGCGUGGCGACCAAGCACAAGGACCACGCCCACCGCCUGCGCGCCAAGAAGGCGCACCUCACGAGCGGCUUCGCAAAGCAUUUGGAUUCCCUCCGGAGCUCUUCUCGGAAAUUGCUCAAGAAGCUCAAGGGCGCGAAGGUCGAGCCCGAGGAGCCCCUCGAGCCGAGCUUCGACGAGAAGCUCGAUAUUCUCUUUACGCGCUACGACGCGGACCACUCGGGCGAGAUCGACGCCGAGGAGCUCGUGAAGCUGCUCUGGGACCUGACGCCGCCGCGGGAGCGGCCCUUCGUCAAGCCGAACCUCGGGGACGCGAACUUCAUCAUGGAGCAGUGCAACGACAACGGCAACGUCGCCUACCUGUCGCGCGACGAGCUGAAGGACGCCGUGCUGCUCUGGCGGCGCAUCGAGAAGUCGACGCGGCCCUCGCCGACGGACCGGUCGCGGACGGGCCGGCAGCUCGGCGCGUGCUGCCUUAAGUUGUGUUGUGGGUAG